AUGCAAGAACAAGGUCUAAGCAUGAUGGGUACUAGUGGUGGCGGUGGAAUUGGUGGCUUAACCGACGUUUCCAUGGAAGUUUCCGGUGACCAGCGCCGACAACUCAAGGCGGAGAUCGCCACCCACCCUCUAUAUGAGCAACUUCUCUCAGCCCACGUAGCUUGUCUUCGUGUGGCUACACCUAUCGAUCAGUUGCCCCUUAUUGAUGCUCAGCUUUCACAAUCCCACCAUCUUCUUAGGUCUUAUGCUUCACAGCAGCAACAGCACCAUAAUUAUCCUCUCUCUCCCCAUGAAAGGCAAGAGCUUGACAACUUCUUGGCACAGUAUUUGUUAGUUCUGUGUUCCUUUAAAGAACAGCUUCAGCAACAUGUCAGAGUCCAUGCUGUUGAAGCUGUCAUGGCGUGCCGUGAAAUUGAACAGAACUUACAAGUUCUAACUGGUAACCUCCAAUCUCUCUCUAGGCUCUGCAUAUAUCAUUACAUGGGUACAAUUGCAUAA